UCUUUUCUCUCUGCGAUGUUCUCAGUGUUGUCACACACCUGCAACUGAACAUUCUGCGAGCUCUUCUCUCCUGUAGCAGUCAACGGAUGAUGAUGGCUUCCACAGAUGGCGAAGAUGAAGUUCAGUUCCUGCGUACAUCGGAUGAAUUGGUAUUGCGCUGUUCCUUGGCUGUCCCCCACCAGCAGAAGCUCUGUUUGGCUGCAAAUGGUUUCGGGGGCCGUCUGUGUUUCCUCGAAUCCACUUCAAACUCCAAGAAUGUUCCAGCAGACCUGUCGCUGUGUGUUUUCAUGCUGGACAGGUGUGUGUCAGUGCGAGCUCUGCAGGAAAUGCUCACCAACCACGAGGACCCACACGCAGGGUCGGCUGAGACCGCAGGUCAUCGCACUCUCCUUUACGGCCAGGCACUUCUGCUCAGACACACCCACAGCAACAUGUAUCUAAGCUGUCUGACAUCCUCUGGCCUUUCAGUUGAUAAGCUGGCAUUUGAUGUUGGUCUUCAGGAGGAUGUAGCAGGUGAGACGUGUUGGUGGACGGUCCACCCAGCUUCCAAACAGAGGUCAGAGGGGGAGAAGGUUAGAGUGGGUGAUGACCUCAUCUUUGUCAGCGUUUCCUCUGAGAGAUACUUGCAUGUCUCAUGGGGUAAUGUAAAUGAGAAGUGUAUGAAUGCAAGUGUGGAUGCAGCUUUCCAGCUGACUCUAUGGAGUGUGGCUCCUGUGUCCUCUCUCUCGACUCAAGCUCAAGGUCACCUCAGGGGAGGAGACUGUCUACGUUUUCUACAUGGCCACACAGAUGAGUGUUUGACAGUUUCGCCUACUGGACACACACAGGACGAGCGCAGAACUGUUCAUUUUGAAGCUGGUGGCGUCUCAUCCCAAGCUCGUUCUCUGUGGAGGAUUGAGAUGUUGCGUGUGUGCUGGAGUGGGAGCCACAUACGUUGGGCGGAGCCAUUCCGUCUGUAUCACAUGACCACCGGAAAAUACCUGGGCCUGACCCCAGACCGUGGCCUGCUGCUCCUGGACAGAGAACACGCUGAUGUCAAGUCCACAGCCUUUUGUCUUCGCCUAACCAAGGAUGCUGGUCAAGAAUUCCCACCCUGUGUCCAGAAGAAAGAUGGAAUGGGAACACCAGAGAUCAAAUAUGGUGACUCAGUCUGUUUGGUCCAGCAUGUGGGCUCAGGUUUAUGGCUCACCUACCAGACCUGCAAUUCGAAGAGGAAAGAGACCCAGCUGCAUAAACAAGCCAUUCUACAUUCAGAAGGUCACAUGGAUGAUGGACUUACACUCUCUCGCUCGCAAAUGGAGGAAUGUAAAGCUGCCAGUCUCAUUCGAAACUCAACCCUGCUGUUUACAAGCUUUAUAUGGAGACUGGAUGAGCUUCAUCACAGAGCCAAUACUCCAGCGAUGGAUCUUCCAAUAGAAACGCUGCGUCUGAGCUUGUGCGAUCUAAGUGGUUAUUUCCGACUGCCUGACGAGCGCUGGAGUCAUGAGAGCAAACAGACCAGCAGCAGAGUGCUAAAGAACAGACAGAACCUGUUUGAGGAGGAGGGUGUAAUUACUUUGCUUCUAGACUGUAUUGAUCACCUGCACCUGUAUAGCAGUGCAGCUCAUUUUGCAGAGAGUGCUGGGAAAGAGGCUGGGGAUGCAUGGGAAGCUAUUUUAAAUGCCUUCUAUGAGCUUCUGGCGGCACUGAUUCGGGGGAACGAGAACAACUGCUCUCACUUCUCCAGCUCUCUGGACUGGUUAAUCAGCAGACUGGAGAAACUUGAGGCCUCCACUGGAAUUCUUGAAGUGCUGCACUGUGUGUUAAUGGAAAGUCCAGAAGCACUAAGUUUUAUUAAAGAAGGACAUGUUCACUCCAUCAUCACACUCCUACACAAACAUGGACGCAACCACAAGAUCCUGGAGGUGCUGUGUUCAUUGUGUGUGUGUCACGGUACAGCAGUUCGCUCUAAUCAGCACCUGAUCUGUAACACACUGCUGCCUAAGAGAGAUUUACUACUGCAGAGCCGCCUGGUCAAUUAUGUCACCAGUGUUCGCUCAAACAUCUACCUCUGCAUGGGAGACGACUCCUCCCAGUACAGGAAGUGGUAUUAUGAGGUGGUGGUUGAGAGGGCAAAGCCUUUUGUGACACCUGAGCCGACUCACUUGAGAGUGGGUUGGGCCUGUAGCGCAGGCUAUCACCCAUCUCCAACAGGAGGUUACGGCUGGGGAUCAAAUGGAGUUGGAGAUGAUCUGCAUUCAUAUGGAUUUGAUGGCCUGCACCUGUGGACAGGUGGCGUAGGUCACAGGGUCAGCUCGGCUAAUCAGCAUCUGCUGAGGGAAGAGGAUGUCAUUAGCUGUUGCCUCGACCUCAGUGCGGCAUGUAUUUCUUUCCGAGUGAAUGGGCAGCCUGUGCAGGGGAUGCUGGAGAGCUUCAACACAGACGCACUCAUGUUUCCUGUCGUCAGUUUCUCCGCUGGAGUCAGGGUACGUUUGCUGUUUGGAGGCCAGCAGGGGGAGUUUAAAUACUUGCCUCCUGCUGGAUUCUCACCAUGUGCUGAGGCUUUACUCCCCAGAGGGCGCUGCAGACUGGAGCUGUGUGAGGAGGUUACACGCGGUCACAGAAACGGCGGGCGUGAACUUUUAGGCCCUGUGGCAUCCAGUGAUCCUGUUGUCUUUACCCCUACACCAGUGGAUACCAAUCAGGUGAUGCUGCCUCCUCAGCUUGAGCUGAUCAGAGAGAAAUUAGCUGAGAAUCUGCAUGAGCUCUGGCUGUUAGAGAAAAGUGAGCAUGGCUGGACACAUGGGCUGGUGAGAGAUGACAGUAAACAGGUUCACCCUGGACUGGUGGAGUUUUCCAGACUUCCAGAUCAGGAGAAACACAACAAACUCCAGGCUGCGGAACACAUGCUAAGAUCCAUGUUAGCUCUUGGAGCUCAUAUUGGACUGUCUGAAGAACAUGCAGAGGUGAAGGUGAAGUAUCUCCAGCUCUCGAACAAGUAUGAAUUGUGGAAUGGUUAUAGGCCAGCUCCGGUGGAUCAGUCUGGCGUUUUUCUCAGUGCUGCUCAGGAAGCUCUGGUAGAAGCGCUGGCUGAGAACGAGCAUAACAUCUGGGCCAGAGAGCACAUUAGGCAGGGCUGGAGCUACGGACCACAGCAGGACAUUAAGGAGAAGAGGAGCCCUCAGUUGGUGCCAUUUUCACUGUUAGAUGAGAGAAGCAGAAAUUGUGUUAAAGAGCCAGCGAGGGAUAUGUUAGGAACUCUGCUUGGUUUUGGAUACACUGUUGAACCAUCAGAGCAACAGCAGUACCUGGGUCCUGACAUGAAGACUGCGAGUGAGCAGAGGUUUCGCAUAUUCCGCGUGGAGCAGACUUUUGCAGUGCAUGAUGGGAAAUGGUAUUUUGAGUUUGAGGCAGUCACUGGUGGAGAGAUGAGAGUGGGCUGGGCUCAAGUGGGAUGUCAACCUGAUAUGGAGUUGUGGUCAGACGAGCAGGCCUUCGUGUUUGAUGGCUCAAAGGGUCUGUGGUGGCAUGGCUGCACCAUCCCAUUUGGUCAUGUUUGGCAGAAAGGGGAUGUGACUGGCUGUUUGUUGGAUUUAAAUCGAAGAACUAUGAUGGUUACUUUAAAUGGAAAGCUACAAUUGAACAUUCAUGGUUGUGAAAUUGCUUCCAAAGGUUUCAAUGCAACUGUUGGCUUUGUUCCUGUAUGUUGUCUGGGUGUGAAUCAGGUGGGUUGGUUGAAUUUAGGCCAACAGGUUGACACACUGAAAUACUUCAGUGUAUGUGGGCUUCAGGAGGGCUACCAGCCUUUUGCCUGUAACAUGAGCAAAGAUCCACCUCUCUGGAUGAGCUGGAGAGAUCCCCUAUUUGUACAGAUACCAGAGUAUCAUCCUCGCAUACAGGUUAGUUAUAUUGAUGGGACGGUUAGCCAAGCACCAGCUCUGAAGGUCACCCAGCGGUCAGUAGGAUUAAAUGAGAGUCCAAGUACUGAUGUUGAGUUCUAUCGCCUGAGCUUGCCCAUAGAGUGUGCACACAUAUUCACCAAACCUAAAGAUGGCACAGUACCUACAGCUAGCAGUGUGACAUGCCACAUGAAGGAACCAGAAGAAGGAGAGGUGGAUUCUGACUUUGAAAUGUUAAUGAAGUCUGCCCACAAACACACAGGCAGUAGAGAUGAAUUUGACAGCCAUAAAGAUCAUGCCCAAGAAAAGCCUUCAAGGCUAAAGCAAAGGUUUCUUUUGAAGAAGAAAUCAGAAUUGAACACUAGUAGUUCCUCAGCCCGGCUACUGGAGGAGGUGCUGGCAAUCGAGAGAGACAGUGAUAACCAACUUGCCAACUGCACUAAGUACUACUAUUCUGUGAAGAUCCUACAUGGGCAGGAUCCAUCCUGUGUCUGGGUUGGAUGGGUCACUUCACAUUUCCGCUCUUAUGAUCAAACCUUUGACCCAGAGAGAGUGUGUAGUGUGACUGUCACACUUGGGGACCAAUGGGGCAAAGUUCUUGAGAGUGUCAAGUGCAACUCCUGUUACAUGGUGUGUGCAGCAGAGAGUAGUAGUCUUUCCAACAGCCGAAGUAGCAUGAGGCUGGAGAUUGGUUGUCUGGUAGACACAGCAACUGGAUUCCUUACUUUCACUGCUAAUGGAAAGGAGUUGGGAAUCUUCUAUCAGGUGAAACCAGGUUCUAAACUAUUUCCGGCAGUUUUUGUCAAAGCCACCAGUUCUGAAGUCUUCCAGUUUGAACUUGGACGAAUUAAGGGUGCUUUGCCAUUGUCUGCUGGUUCUUUUUGGAGGGAGGGGAAAAACAUAGAGCCUCAGUGUCCUCCCAGGGUUAAUGUUCAAUCCCUAAUACCCAUGAAGUGGACACGGCUUCCUGAGCAUUCCCCACAGGUAGAGCUGACACGACUUGAGGAGAGGCAUGGCUGGAAGGCACAGUGCACUGACAGUCUACAGGUCAUGGCCCUGCACAUCCCUGAGGAGGACAGGUGCAUAGACAUUCUUGAACUCUCUGAACUGAAAGACCUGCUUAAGUUUUAUGACCACACCCUCCGUCUCUAUUCUGCCCUAUGUGCCCAUGGAAACAUCCCCGUAAGCCAUGCCUUGUGUAGCCACAUUGACCAGUCACAGCUUCUGUUCGCAUUGCGCUGUUCGAGAAUGCCUGGGAAUUUGCGAGCAGGUUUCUACAACUUAUUAAUGACUGCCCACCUCAGUGCCCAUAGCAGUGCCAGGCAGGCUACCACCCAUGAGUAUAUUGUGCCAAUGACUGAUGCUAUGCAAACUGUUACACUUUUUAAAAACAAGACAAAGCAACACUGCCUUCCAGGAAGUAACACCAGCACCUCUUUGCGACCGAGAAUGCACUUCAGCUCACCUUGCUUUGUUAGAGCUAGCAGCAACAAUUCUAAUAAAUCUGAGGAUAGUUCCUGUCAAAAUAGUCCUGAAUUUCCACUUGACGUGUUAAAAGCUGUGCUGACAGCCAUGUUGAAAGAGGCAGUUCUUUCAGUCGGGAAGAAUAUUAGGGACCCUGUGGGAGGCAGUAUAGAGCUACUGCUUGUUCCUCUUCUCCAACUCCUCCAUACACUCCUCCUCAUGGGUGUAUAUUGUGACUCAGAUCUGCAGUGUGUGCUUUCCCUCAUCCUCCCGUCUGCUUACAUCAUGUAUGAGGAUGGAGAGAAUGAUAUAGAGGGGGAGGAGAAACCAGAAAGAGCCCUUGCUGACCAACAGACUUUGUUACAGAUGAAACUACCAGAAGCAGUUAAAGUACAGUUGUGUCACCUGUUGCAGUAUCUUUGCGACUCUCAGCUGCGUAACAGGAUCGAGGCCAUAGUGACCUUCUCUGCUGACCUUGUGGGUCUUCUCCAGGGCAACCAACGCUCUCGCUAUAUGGAAGUCAUGGAUGCAUUAAACAUGUCUGCCGCUCUCACUGCCCGCAAAACAAAAGAGUUUCGCUCUCCACCUCAAGAACAGAUGAACAUGUUACUAAACUUCCGGGACAAGGCACAUGAUUGCCCCUGCCCUGAGAAGAUUACAGAGUUGCUCUGGGAUUUCCAUCUGGACCUUAGGAGCCAUUGUGGACAUGAAAGUAUUGAAAUCUCUGGUACUGGGGUAGAUAAUGAGAAUCAGCCUAUCAGGAAUCGACUAAGAGACUUGGUGGACAAAAUAGCCCGCAUUAAAAGAAGAAUGUCAGGUGUUUUUGAAGAGGAAGUUGUGGUUAAACCAGUUUCUCUUCAGUGGCUGAUCUCAGACACUGUGAUACGUUGGGCUCAUGAGGGUCCAUUGGAGGACCCAGUUCUAGUACGGGCUGCAUUUGCGCUCCUGCACUGCCAGUAUGCUGGUUUGGCCGGCAAAAUGUCUGCUCCUUUGCAUAAAGCCUACUGCAUCACUCAAAAUUCUGUAGAGGACACACUUAGCCUGCAAGAGGCAUUGGGACGAAUUCGAUCACUACUUACAGCAAGAAUGGGCAAAGAAGAAGAAGAACUCAUGAUACAAGGACUUGGUGAUAUCAUGAAAAACAAAGUGUUCUACCAGCACCCAAACCUGAUGAGGGCACUGGGUAUGCAUGAGACUGUCAUGGAGGUGAUGGUCAAUGUCCUGGGCACCAGAGAAUCCAAGGAAAUUAGGUUUCCAAAGAUGGUGGCCCACUGCUGCCGUUUCCUGUGUUAUUUCUGUCGAAUCAGUCGCCACAACCAGAAAGCCAUGUUUGAUCACCUGAGCUACCUGUUGGACCACAGCAGUGUUGGACUUGCAUCCCCCUCCAUGCGAGGCUCAACCCCUCUAGAUGUGGUUGCUGCUUCUGUAAUGGACAACUACGAGCUAGCAUUAGCACUCACAGAGCCGGACCUGGAGAAGGUCGUCCAGUAUUUGGCAGGCUGUGGUUUGCAGAGUUGUACAUUGCUUCUCUCUAAAGGAUAUGCAGACAUAGGCUGGAAUCCUGUCGAAGGCGAGCGAUACCUGGACUUACUACGCUUUGCAGUCUUCUGCAAUGGUGAGAGUGUGGAAGAAAAUGCAUAUGUUGUCGUCCGGCUCCUGAUUCGCCGACCUGAAUGCUUUGGCCCGGCCCUCCGAGUAGAGGAAGGAAACGGUCUCUUGGCCACCAUGGAGGAAGCCAUCAAGAUGUCAGAAGAGGAGAACGGAGUGUGUUUUUUAAAAGCCUACCAGUCUAGUAGCACACUCAACAUUCUGGAUGAUGAUGGUGAUGUCAUCCACAUGGGUCACGCCAUCAUGACCUUUUACUCAGCUCUUAUAGACCUGCUGGGCCGCUGUGCUCCUGAAAUGCAUCUGAUAGAGGCCGGUAAAGGUGAGGCUAUUCGUAUAAGGGCCAUUUUGAGAUCUUUGAUCCCUGUGAAGGACCUGGAAGGAGUCAUCAGUAUCCCUUUCCCACUUCCUUUUUUGGAUAAAGAUGGUUGCAUGAUGGAGCCGGACAUGUCCAGGUGCUUUUGCCCAGAUCACAAGGCAUCCAUGUUACUGUUUCUGGACCGAGUCUAUAGUAUCCAGGACCAAAACUUCCUACUCCACCUCCUGGAGAAAGGCAUCCUGCCAGAUCUGCAAGCUGCCGUUAGCUUGGAAAGUGACGGACUGGGUGGUACAGACAUGGCGUUGGCUUUAAACCGUUACUUGUGUGGGUCCGUGUUGCCAUUGUUGAGUAAGUGUUCGUCACUGCUAUGUGGCCUUUCUCUGAUUAGGACAGGAACAGUGCAAGACUUCCUACAAGCACUUUACCAUCUUUCUAAAGCCAGCAGCCUUACCAAAGCCCAGCACGAUGCCAUCCAGACCUGCCUGCUCUCUGUGUGUGGAAAACUGAAGCCGUCCCUGUUGCAGCCCCUACUGCGAAAUCUCACAGUUGACGUCCCACAGCUGUCAGAGAACACCAAGAUGCCACUUAAGCUGCUGACAGAUCAUUAUGAGCAGAACUGGAAGUACUACUGCAUGGCUGGUGGGUGUGGUGGUUUUGGCUCUGCCUCCGAGGCAGAGCUUCAGCUGAGCAGGAAGCUGUUUUGGGAUGUUUUCAGAGCAUUGAUGAAAAAGCCGUAUAAUGCUGAGCUGUUUGAACUGUCCGUUGGAUGUCUGGUUGCUGUGUCCAGUGCUAUUCCUCCUGAUCAUGUCGACCAUUCUUGCACAUCUGGCCUGGACACACACUCCUCACUGGACUCUGAGGGACAUUUUUGUCCUCAACCUCUGGACACAUCCAAUGUAAUAGUGCCUGAUGGAUUGGAGCAUGUGGUAAAUAAAUAUGCAGAACACACACAUGAGAAGUGGUCACUACAGAAGUUUGCUAAUGGCUGGGUUCACGGAGAGCAGCUGUGCGAGAGCUCGAAAGUUCAUCCACUUCUGAAACCCUACCGAGCCUUAUCAGAACGAGAUAAAGAAAACUACAGAGUGGUCAUUAAAGAAACCGUGAAGAGCAUGCUUGUCUUGGGCUGGACCAUUGAGAGGUCAAAAGAGGGGGAUGCGAGGGACCUUCAUCACCUAUCCAGGAGGAUCUCUCAAUCUGGCCAGCUGUCAUUUGAGGGAACCUCUAUGUUCAGUCCCAAACCUGCAGACAUCAGCAGCAUUAUGUUGACCUGGGAUCAGUAUAAUAUGGCGGAACAGUUGGCGGAAAACUACCACAACCUCUGGGCCAAGAAAAAACUCCAGGAACUUCAUGCUAAAGGAGGGGGCAGUCACGCACUGCUGCUGCCGUAUGACUCUCUGAGUAACCGAGAGAAGAGUCGCAUCCGUGUGAGAGCGCAAGACAUCCUGAAGUUCUUCUGCGUCAAUGGAUACACUGUGUGGAGAGAGAGAAAACCUAUCGAAUCAGAUUGUCCUUUGGUCUCGGGCCGUUUUGCGUACCGUCUCCUCCAGCAGGCGCUCUCCUGUACUGAACAAACGCAGGAGAAGAUGCUGGAGCUUGAGGUUGCUCAGGCCAGAGGGCAAAUGGAAAAAGCUGAAAAAAUGUGGCAUGAGCAGCAGAUGCAUGUCUUCAUUAGGGUUUUACUGCCCCUAAUUGAUCAUUAUUGUAAAAAUCAUCAUUGCUACUUCCUGCCCAGUGUGAUGUUCUCUCUUAGCACCAUCACUCAUGCUUCUCAUAAAGAAAGAGAGAUGGUUUCUAGUUUGUUCUGUAAGCUGGCAGCUCUCGCCAGGCGCAGGAUUUCUCUGUUCGGUAAAGAUGCGCAGUGUGUGGUGAGCUGUCUGCAAAUCCUGGCAGGUUCCUUGGAUGCAAAGGUAAUGAUCACAGCCGAGUGUGUGCAUUCAGCUGUGCACUCAUUCUUUGAAGCUGCAGCAGUGGACUUGGAGCUGAUAGUGAACAGCGUGAGAAGGUUACAGUUUCGAGGAGAUGGAGAAAUGCUGACCUACAUCACCACUGCACUCAUUCCAGUUCUAACUUCGCUGUUCCAACAUACAGCUCACUGCCAGAGCUCAGCUGAACUCAUCGUGGAUGCAGUGCAGGUGUCCUGUUACAGGAUUCUCUGCAGUCUGUAUGCUCUCGGCACUUCCAGUAACACUUACAUUGAAAGGCAUAGGCCUGUUGUAGGCGAGUGCCUGGCUGCCUUGUCAGCUGCCUUCCCAGUGUGUUUCCUAGAGGUUUCCCUGGACUACAUGCGCAAUGCUCAUAAAGAAGGCAUAUCCAGCACAGCAGAAGAUUCCUCCAGGCCCCUCCCCUCUUUCCAGAAAGCACUGUCUGAAGUUGAAGACAUGCUGGAGGCGGAGUCAGCAGCUCGCCAUGCCCUUCUGUCCCGGGUCAUGGAGAUAACUGUUCCUAUGCUGUGCAGCUAUGUGUGUCGAUGGAGUGAAGAGGACAGUCAGUGGUCUGAGGGGCAGCACUCGCUAAUACCAUCACACACCAACACCCUGCUGGGACAAAUCCUCUCCAUCAUCCACGUGCACAUGGGCCGACAUGAGUGCACCUGGAUGAAGCAGAUUGCAGCAUUUGUUCGGCCAAUGGUUCAUAAUGCAGAGGCCGGUCUCCUGAUGAGUCACUUUCUUCCUCUGAUGGAAAAAUUAAAGAAGAGGGCAAAGUCAGUGCUGCAGGAGGAAGAGCAGAUGAAGUUAGAGAGGUGUGGUGAUGUGGCAGAGAUGGAGCUGGUUGUGCAGGAGAAGUUUGCGGUGUUGGUGCAGGACAUCUACGCUUUUUAUCCCAUUCUCAUCCCGUUUGUCGAGCAUCACAGGAUUCUCUGGCUAAGGGAGAUGAACACCGAUGCUGAGAGACUCUUCACACUGGUCGCUGAUGUUUUCAUUUUCUGGGCCAAAUCUCACAACUUUAAGUGGGAAGAGCAGAACUUUGUUGUGCAGAAUGACAUCAACAACUCAAGCUACCUGGUAGACAUUAUGAACAGCCAGGUGACAAAGAGAGUGUGUGAAGAAGACAGGAGGAAGGUGAAGAGGAGCAAAGAUGAGCGGUACUCCACACACACUUCUCUUAUCGUGGCCUCGCUGAAGAAGCUCCUAUCUGUCGGUCUGAACCAGUGCUGUCAGAAAGACCGAGACCUCGUUACUCUCGCCAAGAACCGCUUCUCUGAGAAGGAUACAGAGGAGGAAGUUAGAGCCUUCAUCUUCAUCAGACUUCAACAGGAUUUUUUACACACUUUACUGGACGAACGUCGUGUAGAAAGGGUCUUGGCUGUGGCCCGUGUGCUUUUUUAUCUAGAUCAGGUGGAAUCUCCUCAGGUCAGUAAGAGAGCUGUGUGGCAGAAACUGCUCUCUAAACAGAGGAAACGAGCUGUAGUGGCUUGCUUUAGGAUGACUCCAUUAUACAACCUGCAACGACACAGGGCGGUGAAUUUGUUCUUGCAGAGCUACAGGAAGAUAUGGGUGGAGGCAGAAGAUGACUUGUAUCAGGAGAAGCUUAUUGAAGAUCUAGCUAAAGCAGGAGAUAGAGGGAGUGUAGUGGAGGAAGAGAAACGAAGUGAGGGAAGAGCGAAAGGCAAAAAGAUCGAUCCUCUUCAUCAACUCAUUAGUCUCUUCCACCAAAGCGCAAUGACCGAAAGGAGCAGGAUUGAGGAAGACCCUCUAUACAUAGCCCACACUGACAUCAUGGUUAAGAGCUGCCAGGCUGAGGAUGAGUAUGCUCAUGACAAGAUGAAAUCCUUUGAGGAAAAAGAGCUGGAGAAACAGAGACUCUUGAACCAACAGGCCAGACUACACGAUCGUGGAGCUGCAGAAAUGGUUCUCCAGAGGCUCAGUGCCAGCAGAGGUACUCUUAUGAGCAUUUUAUUUUCUCUCAUAUUGCAUGAUUUUUUUUUUCUGUUUGGGUUCUGGUAGAAAAUGUUGGACUAUCUGAGAGAGAAAAGAGAUGUGGGAUUUUUUCACAGCCUGGCGAGCCUCAUGCAGUCCUGCAGCGUUUUAGACCUGAAUGCAUUUGAAAGGCAGCUAAAAGCCGAGUGUCUAGGAACGGCAGCUGAAGGCAAUGCAGGUGAUAAGGUUAUGGCAGAUGAGCCACUCACGUGUGAUCUCUUCCGCUUCCUCCAGUUGCUUUGUGAAGGACAUAAUGCAGAAUUACAGAACUAUCUGAGAAGUCAGACAGGAAACAAUACCACAGUAAAUAUAGUCAUCUCCACUGUGGACUACCUGCUCCGAUUACAGGAGUCCAUCAGUGACUUUUACUGGUAUUACUCUGGAAAAGAUGUGAUUGAUGAACACGGCCAGCGCAACUUCUCCAAAGCCAUCAGGGUGGCCAAACAGGUCUUUAACACACUCACAGAAUACAUCCAGGGUCCAUGCACCGGCAACCAGCAGAGUUUGGCCCACAGUCGGUUGUGGGAUGCUGUGGUCGGCUUCCUCCACGUCUUUGCUCACAUGCAGAUGAAGCUUUCUCAGGAUUCGAGUCAGAUAGAGCUGCUGAAGGAACUUAUGGAUUUGCUGAAAGAUAUGGUGGUGAUGCUUUUGUCUAUGCUAGAAGGCAAUGUUGUGAACGGCACGAUUGGCAAACAGAUGGUGGACAUGCUGGUGGAGUCAUCCAGCAAUGUGGAAAUGAUCCUCACAUUCUUCGACAUGUUCCUAAAACUCAAAGACCUUAUAUCUUCUGAUGCCUACAAAGAAUAUGACCCUGAUGGACAAGGGCUUAUAUCUAAGAAAGACUUCCAGAAGGCUAUGGAGGGCUACAAACGCUACACACCUUCAGAGAGGAAAUUCAUCUUGUCUUGUGUGGAGACGACCGAGAGCAAGCUCCUGGACUAUCGUGCAUUUAUGGCACGGUUUCACGAACCGGCCAAAGAUAUCGGUUUCAACGUGGCCGUCCUAUUGACCAACCUGUCGGAGCACAUGCCGCACGAUGCCCGGUUGCGGAACUUUCUGGAGUUAGCUGACAGUGUGCUCAGGUAUUUCCAGCCUCACCUGGGCAGGAUUGAGAUCAUGGGAAGUGGUAAACGGGUCGAGAGGGUGUACUUUGAAAUCAGCGAGUCGAGCCGGAUGCAAUGGGAGAAACCACAGGUCAAGGAGAGCAAGCACAAGUUCAUCUUCGGCAUCAUUAAUGAGGGAGGAGAAAAGGAAAAAAUGGAGCUCUUUGUGAACUUCUGUGAGGACACCAUCUUUGAGAUGCAGCUGGCCGCCCAGAUCUCUGGUUCCGACCGUGACGAGGAAAUGAUAGAAACCGAGAAGGACGGAGUGGACAAGAAGAAAGACGAGGACGAUAAAAAUCCUUCAAUAGAUAAUGAUGGCACUAAAAACGUGCAGAAAGGCUUUUCUCUAAACAUGGAGCUGAUGAAACAGCUUCUCCUGACUCCUUUUAAUGGCCUGAUGAUGAUAAUGUGCCUCCUUUCUAUAAGGAACAUGAAGAGGCAGAUAAAAAGGAUGACAGUGAAGAGUCUUAUUUUGGUUAUCGCUCACUUCUUCCAGAGGACUUUCUCAGUCGUUUGUCACGCUAUCUUAGGCACCAUUUGCUUUUUCCUUCACAUCCUUUACCUUGUCUUUCUCAGUGGUUGUAUUAUAGAGUUUGCCAAAGAGACCAAACUCUCAGAUUUUUUCAACAAUUUGUCAGAUCCGACGCUGGAUGAUGUCACAGGGCUAAACGAAGGGGUAGCCCAUGUGGUCAAAGGUCCAAAACGGUCUAUAUCAUCCCAGGGUGAGCUUCAAGCGAUGACUCUGGAUUUAUCGGCUGUGUCCAGAAACCCUCAGCUACUUACUGACAUAUUUGGUCUCCAGUUACGAAAGGAAGGUGGACAGUACAUGCUACUUAGUCAAGAUUCCAACACCAGCAUGAGUGAUGUAAUGGAUCUUUCUAAAAAUCAGGUUGUGGUGUCUGAGGAGGAUUUGGAAGAGGAGGAUGAAGAGAAGCACUCAGAGACUGAAAAAGCUGAGGGUGAGGAUGAUGAGAAGAAGGACAAGAGGAAAGUAGCUGAGGCAAAACGCAGAUCCAGGAGAAAGAGUUUGCACAAAGCAGCAGAGACUGAGGUUCAAGAAUCGUUGACGUGGAAAAUGAUCGACUCCCAGAAGGCAAAACUGCUCAAUUAUUUCGCCAGGAAUUUCUACAACAUGCGUGUGCUGGCGUUGUGCGUGGCCUUCGGGAUCAACUUUAUUCUACUCUUUUACAAGGUUUCGUCUACUGAUGCUGGCGAUGUGGCCCUGUCUGACCUCAGCGAUGAGAACCCUGUACAUUUUAUUCUGGGAGAAAGUGGUUACAUGAAGCCUGUCCUACACAUUCUGGCUGUAUUACACACUCUUAUCUCCUUCUGCUCCAUCAUUGGCUAUUACUGUCUGAAGGUUCCAUUGGUAGUGUUUAAGCGAGAGAAGGAGUUAGCACGUAAACUGGAGUUCGAUGGUUUGUAUGUCACACGGCAACCAGCUGACGAUGACAUCAGGGGCCAGUGGGACCGACUCGCCAUUAACACUCCAUCUUUUCCAAGUAAUUAUUGGGACAAGUUUGUGAAGAGGAAGGUGAUGGCCAAGUACAGCGAGUUGUAUGGCUCAGAGCGGAUCAGUGAGCUGCUGGGGUUGGAUAAAACAACACUCGAUUUCAGCUAUGAAGUCCAGAGUGGAAGAAGAGCAGCCCGAGAACUACUAAAUUCCAUUGAUAUUAAAUAUCAGAUUUGGAAACUUGGAGUGGUGUUCACUGACAAUUCCUUCCUCUAUCUUACGUGGUACAUGCUGCUGUCCAUUUUGGGCCACUACAAUAAUUUCUUCUUCGCUGCUCACCUAUUGGACGUUGCCAUGGGCUUUAAAACAUUGCGCACAAUCCUGUCAUCAGUCACGCACAAUGGAAAACAGUUGAUUCUGACUGUAGGACUGUUGGCUGUGGUGGUGUAUCUCUACACCGUCGUGGCCUUUAACUUCUUCCGAAAGUUUUACAACAAAACUGAAGAUGGCCAAUCCCUGGAUAUGAAGUGUGAUGACAUGCUGACGUGUUAUAUGUUCCACAUGUACGUGGGUGUGCGUGCUGGUGGGGGAAUCGGUGAUGAGAUCGAAGACCCAGCUGGAGACGACUCGGAGUUCUAUCGUGUUGUUUUCGACAUUACCUUUUUCUUUUUUGUCAUUGUUAUCCUCUUGGCCAUUAUUCAAGGUCUGAUCAUUGAUGCGUUUGGGGAGCUGAGAGAUCAACAGGAGCAGGUGAAAGAGGACAUGGAGACUAAAUGUUUUAUAUGCGGCAUUGGAAGCGAAUACUUUGAUGCUGUCCCUCAUGGCUUUGAGUCUCACACGCUGCAUGAACACAACCUGGCUAACUACUUGUUCUUUGUGCAGUACCUCAUCAAUAAAGAUGUGACGGAGCACACAGGGCAGGAGUCCUACGUGUGGAAAAUGUACCAGGAACGUUGUUGGGAGUUUUUCCCAGUUGGAGACUGUUUCCGAAAACAGUAUGAGGAUCAGCUCGGUUAAAUUAAGGACUUUUCUUUUUAAUAUAUUGUAAUGAAUGUAUUUUUUUCAUGCAUCAGGCAUUUGUAUUGACCUUGGUCACAUUGUGAAAACUGAUUACCAAAAUUAAACAUAAAAAAACA